AUGGUCGAACUCUCAGUCCGUCAGACUCAGAAUCCGCCCGACACGGACCCGACCGUGGGCAUCGGCUCUAAGGAGGGUCUCUUGGAUCCGUCAGCCUCGAGGUUCCCCGGAAGGAGUCCUCCAAGGUCUCCGGCCUUGGACUGGGACGGGCCCGAUGAUGUCGAGAAUCCGCACAACUGGCCGCUGUGGAAGAGGAUUCUCCACAGUGCUAUUCCGGCUAUCUAUGGAUUUGCUUUAACUGUCGGGACGUCGACCUACGUCGCCGGCUUGCCCUACGUGAUGCGCCAGUUCGGCGUCGGCAGGACCGUCGCCCUUCUGCCUGUCUCGCUGUAUACGGUGGGUUUUACGCUCGGUCCUCUGGUCGCAGCGCCUGUCUCGGAGCUGUACGGGCGGAGGAUCGUCUACUGGACGAAUUUUCCCCUGCUGGCGGUGUUUAAUGCCAUCGCCGCAGCGUCGGAUAACUUUGCCGUGCUGGUGAUGUUUCGAUUCCUGGCGGGUUUUGGAGGUUCGGGUGUGUUGGCUGUGGGUGCUGGCACCGUGGCCGAUCUAUGGGAUCCUCAAAAUGCAGGCCGUGUCGGGUUGACCUACAUCCUGGCCCCGUUUCUAGGUCCCUCGUUGGGUCCGCUCGUCGGCGCGUACAUCAUCGCGCAGUAUGACUAUGACUGGAAGUAUUCGAUCUGGGUGAUUCUGAUUCUGUGUGCGCCGGUCGGCCUCGCGAUCCUGUUCAUGAAGGAGACGUCAAAGAGUCGCAUUUUGUACCUGCGGGCGAAGAAGCGCGGCGAGCAAGCCCUUGCGGAGCAGGAUCAGACGCCGAAGAUGAAGAAAGUGAAGGAGGCGAUGUUGCGUCCUCUGCAUAUGUGUAUUUUCGAGCCGCUUGCUUUCUUCCUGAGUAUCUACACCGGUUUCAACUUUGCGAUGAUCUUCUCGUUCUUCGGAUCGUAUGCAUACGUCUAUCAGACGUACUACAACUUCACGCCCAAGGAGUACGGACUGGCGUUUAUCGGUCUUGUUGUGGGCUUCAUCUUCUCCCUCGCCACCUUCGCCUUCUUCGACGCAACUCGAUACCGCAAAGAAGCCGCGCGCACCAACGGCAAAGUCGCCCCGGAACACCGUCUCUACGCCGCCAUGUUCGGCAGUCUCUUACUCCCCAUCGGGCUUUUCUGGUUCGCCUGGACCCCCCGUCCCAGCGUCCACUGGAUCGUGCCUGUCCUCGCCGGCGUGCCUUUCGGCUGGGGCACGCUCGCCGUCUUCCUCAGCUCCGUCAGCUACCUCGUGGACACGUACGGCGUGGCCAACGGCGCCUCGGCCGUCGCGGCGAACGGUAUCCUGCGGUUCCUGCUUGGCGCGGUGUUUCCGCUGUUCACGUUGCAGAUGUAUCAAGAUUUGGGGGUGCAUUGGGCGGGGAGUAUUUUUGCGUUUGUGAGUGUAGCGAUGAUUCCCGUGCCGUGGAUUUUCUUUUGGAAGGGACGGGAACUCAGGAGGAGGAGUUUUUAUGAGACGGUUGAUUAUUAG